AUGGUAGAAAACAUUUCUUUCCUUUCCAGCGCAUCCCCAGGUAGCGCCAGGCCAGGGCUAGGGAAGAGAAGUUAGGGCAGGUGAGAAGCCAUGUCAUACAGCGGCCAAACCUCUCUCCAUCCUGUGGAAGAUUGCAGUUUGGGCUUGGGGUCGCGGCACAGAGAGGGGAAAGCAACAGCCUCUGGCUGGGCCAGAGCAGAGAAGGGCUCCAGCCUUAGUCAGCUGCCCCAUUUCCAGUUCAAGGAGAUAAUGAAGAGGCGCAAACGCGUGCAGGAAAGGCUGGGCCCAGGAAUGUACAACAUCAGGGAUUUUCUGCAGGAGACACGGCCCGCCAGUCUCUGGGGUAUCUGUGACACGAGGGAGCAGCGGUUCAGAGAUGGCCACAGGGACUGCUUCCCCGGCCCCGGCACGUACGGCCCUCGGGGGAACCCCUACGCCCGCCUCGAGGAGAGGGACAACCGCUCCCCCAGCACGCGAGGGCUGACGGACAGCAGGACAGGGAGGUGUGCCCCGCUGGCAGCCAUGGGCAGCGGCCUGGGACCCGGCACCCACCACCUGCGGAGCAGCAGAGACGAGGGGCUGCGGCGGGCGGGCGGCCCCGGCCCCUGCCAGCCCUUCUCGAGGGACGUGCCGAAGCCCGCCCGUGGUGGCCGUCACGCAGUGGAGGUAGACACCGAGCUGAGCCUUGGCACUGUCAAGGGUUUCCUGGACGAGCUGACAUUGAAGGAGAACAAGAAGAAAGGCUGCUUCAGCACCCUGCCCAGGAACCCGGGCUGCCCCACGGAGAGGAUCUUCUGGGCCACUCUCAGCCAGUGCCCGAGGGAGGCGUGUAACGGAUUUCCUGCACAUUAUGCAGUGGGGCCAGGCUCCUACAACCCAAAGCCCAUUGAGAGAUCAGCACACUCCAGCCAACCUCCAUUCUGGUCGUCUGCCAAGAGAUUCGACAGAAAGUCCUACUGCCUCUUUACUGGGAAUGAGAACCCUGUGGGUGUUGGUCGCUACAACAUCACUGAGCAUGAAAAAUACCCUCAGAAGUUAAGAUACCAGUCCCUGUACCAGAGUGAUGUGCAGCGGUACCUGAGCAACUUGCAGCAGGAUGCCUACUUGCUGGAACGUCUCAAGCCUGUUGCUAAAAACAACUGCAGUGAUCUGAUUUCUGCUCCAUGUUGUCCAGAUACCUCUGAAGAAAUCACAGCUUUCCAAACAUGA